GGUUCCCCAAAUUUUUCGUAUUUCUUUCACACCAUCGAACGUUAUGUUACGACACCUCACUUCCAAGAAAGCUAUCUAUUGGGGAUUACCGUUGACUUUAAUCGCUGCGGCCACGUAUACCAAAACCAAGACGGUAGGCCAUCCGUUACAAUAUGUUCCAUCCGGUGAACAACGCCAAGACACAGAGAACCUUGAACGUGUGCGAGCAGAGUGGCGAGAACGGAAUAACGGGAUUGGUCUCCGUGAUGUGAAUCGUAGCGGCGGCGGCGUUUAGUGGGUCUACAUUUCUUUCCUUUUUUGUUAUUGUUGUUGUGUACGUGUGUGCUUCGACAUCUCUCUUGAUCUUUGAUUGUAUGUUAUGAUUCCCUUUUAUUCUUCUUUUCCUGUAUGUAAUCUCCAAAAGAAGUUUGGUCGUCAUCAGACUAGUUUGUGUAUACUCGUUCUUCUUCUUGUGCUUUUUUUUCAUAACUGAUUUAUCAAUCGAUGUCAGGCAAUGAAAGAAAAAGAAAAAAAUAACCAUAUCAACAGUGUCGGUUACUCAAAAAAAAAGCGAGUUAAUGUGGACAUUUCAACUAAGCAUGGCACGAGAUUGAGUGAUCUUGCCAUAACAGGAAAAAAAUAUUCCACCCCAAGCCAUAUGCAACAUGAAAAUGGGAAUGUCAAUCCCCCAUCAAGUCAUUCAAUAAAAAAGCC